GAGACCUCAUUAACAGUACAGUCUCAGUACCUUAAUGAGAAUAGCCCCAACAGGAACAGAAACCACACUGCUCCUGUAGUAAAGCCAAAACUAAGUACAGGAUUAACUACUGCUACAGCACAUAUCCGCCUCUCAGAAUCACCUAUUGCAGACAUAAAUAAAUCAGAAACUGUAGUUAGAUCUGCCAAACACAGUAAUAUUGAUAAGCAAAUGGACAAACAAAAUAUUGAUUCAUAUGUAUCAGUUCCAUUCUUUGAUGGGAGUUUCAGUUCUGGAAAGGAUGAUAUUUUUAGUUGUAGAACAAUAGAAUCUAGUGACUCAGAUAUGUCACAGUCAUCAAAUGGCAGUCUUGACUCCCAACAAGAUGAAGAUGAUCUUCCACAAAUAACAUACCCAAAAAAGAUCCAUUUACGUCCCAGUGAAUUCUUGAAUACACCACUUAGAGCUGCCAAAGAUGAGAAAUUGGGAACACUAGUAACAAAUGGUGAUGUAUCUACAGCCUUCUCAUCACACAUUCGCUCACAGUCACAUGAUAAAGGUUCAUCAAGAAAAUUCAAAACUGAACCAUCAAAGUGCACAUGCACUUCAGAUUCAAAUCAUUUGACAAGUCGCCAAGUGAAAAAUAGCAUUGUUUUUCCAUGUGUAAACAAAGAACAAGUUCAUAGUCAAACAGAAUGUAUAGAUGUUCCCUUUGAGAGCAUUCCGAUAACAACCGAUCAUGUUUCAUCAUCAACUUCCAGAUGGUCACCUAUAGUAUCCAAAUCGGUGCCAAACAGUUGGACACCACCAAGGGCAUCAGGAAAUCAACAAACUGUAACAAUAGAGUCUAGGCACAAAAUCAUAUACAAUAAUCCUGUUCCAGGGAAUAUAGUUGGACAAAGUCACUUUGGAAACAAUAAAGAAUAUAGAGGUGCAAGACCUAAGUAUUCUGCACCAACUCAAAAUAUCACAGUUAAGUUACCAUUAGAUCCACCACAGUUACAAUUUAUGGAUACUUCUAGUGCACUUUCCACACCCAAAGCAGAAUGUACCGCUCUUAAUAGGGUUAAAAAUUCAUCUAGCUCGGCUACGAUCUCAGCAGCCCCUGAUGAUAACUUUAACAAGAAACAAACUACACUGUCUGCUUCAAAACCAAAUUCACUGCUCAGGCCAUCUGUCCUGAUCAACAAUAGCAGUGUUAGUUCUGCAAAUUCAACUGCUACAGAAUCUGUGACUGUCCCUAGUGAAGUCAAACCGGCAGUAGCAAGCAUUUCUACUCAAGCAUAUGCUCCAGGAACAGCUUUACAAAAUAUCCAAUACAACAAAGAUACACAAAACCCAGACCCCAUUAUAAUACAUCAGGAGCCAGUGGAUCUUGAGUUGGAACAACCUGAUCUUGGUCUGAUUAUGAUACCAGAUGACCAUGUACAAAGCCAACAUGUGAUACAACCUGAACCACAGGCAGUUGAGAUUCCUCACAACCCUACAAUUCAGGUUAAAAAUGAUGUGCUAAACUUGUUCCCUGAUGUUGAUCCUGCACAUCUAGAUACAUUAUGCCAACAGCACACUGGACACAUGGCUGUUAAUAACAUAUGCCUCCUUUUGCUAGAAAACAUAUAUCCAAAAAACAGGGACAAGUCUGUCUCUUCAGAAAAGAAGAAAAAUGUACCUGAAAUGCAAAGUAUCAACUACUACAAAGAUUACCACUCAAUUGUUAUUCCAGAGAUUGUCAUCGUAAAAUAUCAGGCACAAGCAUUUCAAAUACUUGCUCAGGAAUUCCUAUGGCUGUCGGCCAAUGAUAUCAAAGCUGUGAUGAAGAAAGUGAAACACUUUUAUGCACCAUCUUACAAGGCCCUGCAAACAGUAUGGCAUCAGGCAGUUGAGAUAGCUCAGAAAAAAAGAUCUGAACAUUCAUCACAUGUGUUCAGGGGACUUGUAUUCCAGGCAAAUAUUCCUGCAGAUCAGGCUGGAGGAACUGAAUACAAAAUUUCAGUAAGACUGCUGAAAAACCGGCGACCAGUCAUCAAGACACAUUUUGCUGUAAUUGAAGAGCUUCAGAAAGAGAUUGAUUUUGUAAAACAAAAAAUCAAGGAUACAGAAACGGAAGCAGACCACCAAGUAGCAGUUGCUCUCAAUGAACAAGAGUAUGAGGAUCUAGGUCAAUGUAUAGAAUGUGGAUGUUGCUUUGGCGAGUAUCCAUUUGAACAGAUGGUCCAGUGUUAUGAGGGACAUCUCUUCUGUGAAAAUUGCUUGAGGCAAUAUGCUAAGGAGUCAGUAUUUGGACAGGGAAAGGCUGAUUUGAUCUGUAUGACUGAACUGUGCGACUCGGCAUUCCCAAAAAGUCAGCUGAUGAAAGCCCUUCCUUUAAAAAUACGGGCAAAAUAUAGAUGGGGACAGAAGAAAAUCAAAACCGGGUGA